UUUAUCACACAUUGAGAUGGAAGGAUGUUUGUGGAAAGGACGGGGUUCUAUGUCAAGCAUUAAAGGGCUCAAUUCAUUGUAAGGUUGAUACAAAUACAAGUCUUCGUAGAGAUUCCUUCCGCAGGCACGAUCUUUUUCAUUGCGUUGGUGCUACCAUCAGCUUGGUGACCCUAUCCACUUCUCAAUUUCUUCUUGUUUUUUUGUCCAUUGAUGCGUUGAGACACAUAGAUAAAUUAUUGUGUUAUAUUUAUAUGAUGAGUUAUGGAUGUUGUUAUGGUUCUGGUGAUGAAUUUCUGUCAGUUUUUUACUUAUAUGAUUAUAUAGAUGCAUCUCAUUUUGUUAAUAGAUGCAUCUCCACACCCUUCUUUUAUUUUCCUUGUGUGUAGGACCUUCUUGGAAGAUAAAGUUCAUUGAUUGAAGUGGCUAGUGCUGCUGUUUGAUACAACGCAAACAACACUCUGAAUUUCAAUAUAAUAAGCCUUUAAUUUUGUUAGUAAUGUCUAAUGUUAAAGACCUGCCUUUAAUUACAACGCAAGUCUUAAGUUGUCUUUAUAAAGGCCUU